AUGUCACGCUUUGUGUUGAGCUCAAACCACCUUUUCCUCUACGGCACCGGCGAUGGGACCAUCGUAGUACUCGACAUGGGAAGCGACCUCAACAAUCCAGCCAGCUCCUGCGACAACUGGAAAACCGUCGGUAUCAUACCCUGCUUCACCAUGGUCGACAACAACUCCGCAAAAUCAAUCAGCUACAAAGAUCUGGAAGUGUACGGGACGGCGAUCGGAGGAUCCACUCUGGAGAAAUUGAGGGCCGAGCUCUUCGACUCUCAGUUCCUGGUCAAUCGGGAAGGCUACCAGGUGAUGUACUACAGCAGCGACGGCUCGAAAGCCAUGGGAGUCGGAAAGUGCUCCUUCUGCAUGCUCAACAAUAUCUUCGGCUGGAGGAAGUACGGUGUGAAGCCGCCGGCGAUCAGCAUGAUGUGGAACCGGUACGAUAGGAGCAGCGGCGAGGCGGUGGUGGAUUUGGAGGAAUUGGGGGAGAGGGCAAAGAGACUGGGGAUGGCGGUGGAAGAACAGAGUAAGGAGUUGGGGGAUUGUAAAUCGAGGUUGAAGGAGAAGGAGGAGAUUCUGGAACACUACAAGAGGCUUUUGGUGGAGAGCAAAGAGGUGUUGAAGGAGAAGGACAAGGAGAAGGAGUCGGCGUUGAAUCGAUUGAAGGAAGUGAUUGGGGACAGGGAUGGGGAGAUUCGGCGAUUGAAGUUGAGGUUGGAAGAAGCGGGCGGCAAUGGACUUGGGACAACAGGAGGAAGUGAUGAAUUGAAGGAGAUGAGGGAUCGUUUGGUUGCUAAAGAGAAACAGGUGGAGGAUUUCAAGGCGGCUGUUAAUGCUUUCUUCGGGAAUUAG